ACAAGAGCCAUGUGAUCAGAACGAUUUCCGUGAUCAGCGCUGGAUUACUCACCUCCUAGCCUAGGCUACGCCAGAGACUGACAGAACGCCGUAGAGCUGAUUGUCAGCUACGUUAUUCGACGAAUAUAUAAGUCUUUGUGUGCAAUUUUGUCUGGAAAAAGAGACAGUUAUUGAACUAUGCGGUCGUCCACAUCACUCGGACGCUAACUCCUUAAUUUAGUUUAUAGUGGUUCUUCAGGGUUUCAUCCCGACUCAUAAAUUUUGCUGACGUGCCAUCUAUAGAAGUCGGUUUAUUAUAACACGCUUGGUCAUCUCUCUUUAAUCGCGCUCAAUGUCGCCGUUUACGCUCGCGCUCCUGCUGGUCGUCGCAUGCGCGUGUGCGACGUCGCCAGCCGUCGCAUACACCGUGCGAUUCGAUAUCUCGACCGAUCCCAAGUGCUUCGACGAGGAGAUUCGCGAGGGUGUGCUUGUAGCGGGGUCCUACGUGGCGGUCAACGAUGCUCAAGGGGAGCCUUUUAAAGUCAACGCUCAGGUAACCGACCCCUCGGGGCAGCAGCUGCACUGGCAGCACGACGUGGCGGAGGGGCACUUUGGGUUCACGGCGGACGAGUCUGGCGAGUUCUCCGUGUGCUUCUGGCUGCCGCACGAGGGGCACCACGAGGCCAAGCGCGCGCACAAGAUCGACAUCACGUGGACCACUGGCAGCUCCACCAAGGCCGUCAGCCACGCCGCCAAGAAGGAGCGGCUCGAUCACUUUGACUUGGAGCUACAAAACCUGGAGGAUAUGAUUGACAAGGUGACGCAGGAGAUGAGCUUCUUCCACGAGAGGGAGCUAGAACUGCGCAUGAAGACAGAGGCAACCCACUCCUACGUGGCGUGGCUCAGUGUGGCAUCGCUCCUGGUCUGUGGCACCAUCGCAUCGCUGCAGCUGUGGCACCUCAAACGCUUCUUUGAGCGCAAGAAGCUGCUAUGAGAGCGUAAUACUGUCAUUCCAUUCUCAUGCCAUCCUGUGCCGUCUCAUGCCAUCAUGCGCCAUGUCGCGCCAAGCCGUCCUGUGCCGUGCCAUAAGGCAUGGAUUUCUUCCUAAACAGGUCUGGAAAACGUUCAGUUGUUUUGCAUUGUGAUGGUCGGGGGAGACUGAAACCAGCCCUACAUGAUAUGCGAAACCUACCGCUAACAUGUGCAACUUGUUGGAAUUUCUUCACCAUGACUACUGUAACAGUAGUCAGAUUCGUUUUAGGCCACGCUGAUUGAUCAGUGUCGAUCUCACAAAAUACCCUGAAAUUCAGUUUUUGGUAGUGGUUUUCUUACUGGUUGGCCCUGGUUCUUUCGUUUCAAGGCUGAUUCAUCAGGUUCGGUACAAGAGAAUGUCAACUUAUAAAUACAUUUGCAUGCAGAAGUUAUAGGCUAGAAUAGGUGUAUGUUCUUAGAAAGUACAACCCAACCCUAUAUCUUGCUUGUUCUCUCUUGUUUCUAUCUCAUUCUACGCCCCGGCUGGGAGAUCUUGGACGUUGAUCAAUGUGACCAUCUAACGGUUUAAGUAUGUCGAAACGAUCGCAAUCGAUCUUGACCGUUACAUUUUCAUAGACUUAGCUAAUUUUUGUGGGUUGUUGUUAGUGUGUAGGGGGGAUGUCUGUACGACACAUGACUUAGCCGAUUUUUGUGGGUUGCUUGGUGUGUGAGGGAAUGUUUGAGGACUUCACCAAUUUUUGU